AUGGAGAACACUGAGAACACUCAAGCUCAAGGCGGCUCUAGCACGCCAGCCUGUGACGUGGAGAUGCUGGAAAUUAAAAUCGCUGAGAAAAAGGCUGAGAUAGAGUCUAAUCGCUCUCUGAUCGCCUCAAGGGAGGAGCGAAAGCGAGCAGCCGAUCCGCAAUUCUACGAGCACACGAUGGCAGAGGCCGCGAGAGCCCUGAAGCGACGCCGAACGACCCCCAACGCCGACUUCAGCGGUGCGCAAAAGAUGUUUGCCUACGGGCCCGAGGAGCAGCCCGACGGAUUCGAGGGCAAGAGAAGAGCUGAGCUGGCCGACCUCAUGUUCGACAAGACGGUCAUGGGCCUCCCCGUCGACUUUGAUGGCGCAUACUCGAGCAACUCCCACGACAUGCGCUACGUCCGCAACACGGGCAACCCCGACCUCGGCCCUGCAUACAAGCCUGGCUUCAACCUCCUCGAGUCGGUCUGCUCCAGCGUCUGGCUCGCCGUCGAGGUGGCCAAGCACCUGCGCCCCAGCGACAUCGUCAAUCUCUACAGCACCAGCAAGACCUUCCACACUGUCCUCAAUUCGCACUGGCAGUCCAGCAUUGUCGCCUGGGCCGAGCACAUGGCCCCGUCCUCCUUCCGCAUCUUCUACUGGAAGUUCUUCGGCUCCUACGCCCGCACCGACCCCACGGGCACCACCUGGGAGGCCCCAGGCCAGUUCGCGGACGCCAUCCCCCACCCGCCAUGGGCCCAGGUCCGCCCCGUCACCGAUGCCGACAAGAUGGUGCGCUCCGUCCCGGGCCUGCGGUACCUCGCGAUGAUCGACAAGCGCGAGGUCCGCGUGCGCGACAUCCUCGCCAAGCUCGCGCGCCAGGGCCACCGCCUCCCCAGCAAGUGCCACGAGGCCGUCAAGAAGAUGUGGCUGCUCAUGGACCUGCCCACCAACACGCUGCGGCGCUCCUUCAUCCGCAACACCGAGCUGUGGACCACCGAGGACAUCUACAUCGCGCAGAUGUUCGUCACCAAGCUGCAGAUGCGCUUCAACGAGCCCGUGUUCGGGCCCGACUCGCCCCAGGCCGUCGAGACCAUCCUCGGCUCCGCCAAGGGCUUCACCCCGCUGUGGGAGAUGCUCCGCGGCAAGAAGUACACCGAGAUCCUGGAGGCCAUCCAGAUGCGCGUCAAGUACAUCGCCAGCGGCGAUGCGGUCCGCCGCCAUCGCAACUGGGAGCAGCACUACGACAUCCCGAACUGGGCGCUGGGAAUGGGCCACCUCGAGGGCUGGGGCAAGGGAGAGCUCCACCUGUCUCGCCCUGACGAGCUGCUCAUCGAGGAGGCAGCCAGGCGCAACCUGAACCUGAAAGAUCACUUCACCUACAUGACCUUCUGGGGCCAUGUCGACUGGCGGAAGCGCGCCAACCUCGUGCCCACCGAGGAGGAGAUGUACAUGUCAGACGACGAGCUCCCAGCCCUCAACGCCCUGCAGAGAGGCCCGUAUGGUAUCCUCAGCAACUGCGGCAACGUCCCCUUCGAGAGCGGCGAGUGGAGGCCCGAGCACGCCCUCUUGGCGCGAUGGGCCACCCUGACCAAGCAGGAGAAGCAGGGCCUCAGGGAGCUCAUCGGCCACGAGAAGAUCAAGAUGGCGGCCAUGGAGGACGACGACGAUGGCUUCUGGGACCUGGAAGACUAUGAGCAGCGGGUCCUCCACAACGGCAAGCCCAACACCAACAUCGACGCCGAGGAGACCUACGACCGCGAGGGCGAGCCCGAGUCCGACGAUGGCCUGGACAAUAAGGACCCCGCACAGAUGCACGACGACGACUGCCUGUGCAUGUCCUGCCAGCCCGACUUCGACACCGCCUCCCACGACGGCUCCUGCUUCUGCGAGGAGUGCCAGGACGAGGCGGACUACUGGGCUGAGCGGCUGGAGGACGACCUCGAGGUUAGCGAGGACGACGACGAGGAUGACGACGGCAGCAACCAGCAGCAGCAGCAGCAACAACAACAGCAGCAGCAGCAACAGAACCACAACAUCAACAUGCUGACCAUCCCGCCCACCGUCCCCAUCCCCCAGGAGAUCCUGCAGAACACCUCCCUCCUCGAUGCGUGGAACAGCCUCGGGCUGGUCGAGCGCCAGAUGGUGAGCGUGGUCCUCGCCAACCAGCGCGAGGUGCAGCGGGUCGCGGCCGCCACCUCAUAUUCCCGCGCCGCCCUGCGCGACUUCCCCAACAUCAUGAACACCGCCAGCCUGGUGCUGCUGCACAAGCUCGACGGCAUCGCGGCCAACCCCGCCGGAGAGGAGGAGGGUGAGGGCGAGGUCCCGUCCGGUGCUGCCGACGCGGACGGCGGGGCGGUUGAUGAGGGCUACGACAGCAACAGCAACGGAGCGGGCGCCGCCGGCCAGGGCAGCGAUGCCUCGAGCGACACCGCCUCCAUGGACGACGAGCAGCUCAAGGCCCUCGCGGACCUGGACUACUCGGAGGCCGAGCUGGACUUCGACAUGGACGGCUUCCAGGCCCUCCUGAGGAGGGGCCGCGACGACGGCAGCUACCACUACCGCGCCGGUGGUGAGGGGGAGAAUGAUGAGGACGAGGAUGGCUUCGACGCGGCCCACGAGGACGACCUCAAGUCACCCGGUCUCGCCGCUGAGAUGCAGCUGCCGGAUGUGAUCAACUACUAGGCUGUGGCGUUUUCAUGUCGGGUACGCACCGUCCCGGCAUGUGAAUAAGCUGUUCUCCCGUCUGGAGCGGGGAGCGGGGAGUUUUGUUUACGGCGGCACGAAGUGACGCUCGCCUGUGAGAGCACGAAAUGCAGGGGCCUGUUUGUGUCUUUGGUGCCAGAAAAGAAAUGGAAGUGGAAAAAAAAAAAAAAGGAACGAGGAUUAAUAACAGGGACACUUGGUAAUGGUCAAGUCGUUACGAGGACUUUGACAUGGGACUCGUGCCUUCCUGUCGCAAUGACACUGGAUGCUAAGG